AUGGAGGAACAACGCCAGCUUCAGCUAACCAACCGCCGCACGACCCUCAUGGCUUCACUGGAGAGAGCCGAGCAGUUUGUGUCCAAAUACCAAGCGGACCGUGAUCAAGCCCAAGUACCGCUGCGCAUCGAGAACAUCGACAACGUGUGGAUGGGACUGGAGGAUGUUCAAACGCAACUCGAGGAACUGGAGGUCACCGAAGAAGGUAGGGAACAGAACAAUCAAAUCCGUUCCAAAUUCGAAUCCGUUUAUUUCAAAGUAAAGGCUGCUCUAAAUUCCCUCUUACCCGCUAGUCCAAUUCAAACUCCAAGCGCAAUCCCUAACCCUCCCGCCAAUUUGCUUUCUGGCAUCAAGCUUCCGACCAUUUCGUUGCCAGAGUUCGAUGGCGACUAUAAUCAAUGGCUGGCUUUUCAUGACACGUUUGUUGCCCUGAUACACUCUAACGCUGACGUCCCCGACGUGCAAAAAUUUCAUUACCUCCGCGCCGCCUUGAAAGGUGAAGCGGCUCAGCUGAUCGAGUCGAUCGCAAUUAGCUCUGCCAAUUAUACCGUCGCCUGGCAGACGCUGACUACCCGUUACGCCAACGACUACCUGCUCAAAAAGCGCCACUUGCAAGCCCUCCUAGAUUGUCCCCGCAUGAAAAGAGAAUCCGCCGAAGCCCUGCAUAGUCUUGUUGAUGAGUACCAACGCCAUACAAAAAUUCUCCACCAACUCCAAGAACCCGUUGAUCAAUGGAGCACAAUGCUUGAGCAUAUGCUCUGCAUCCGCCUUGACGAUGGUACCCUCAAGGCCUGGGAGGAUCAUGCUACCACCGUCGCUAACCCAAACUACACCUGUCUCGUAGAUUUUCUACAACGUAGGAUCCGUGUUCUUGAAUCGAUGUCCGUCAACCACCAAUCGCAUAACUCGCAAACGCCCGUCAAUCAAGUCCCUCUCCAUCGAAAGCCAUUGUUCCACAAAGUUGCCACCCACAUCGUCGCCGAAGAACAGCCCAAAUGCUACGCUUGCAAUCAGUAUCACUUUCUCAUCAAAUGUCCCCGCUUCGAGAAAAUGAACGUGUCUGACCGUAUGAGACUAGUCGACAACAAUCGUCUUUGUCAGAACUGUUUCCGCCACGAUCACUUUGCUCGAAACUGCCAGUCAAAAUAUUCCUGCCGACACUGCCAAAGAAGACACCACACCUUGUUGCAUCACACCAACAGCUUCAAUGAAUCCACUCUCCAAGCAUCAUCAUCGCGAUUCGCCAAUCAACCCAUUCAUGCACCCAAUCCGUCGUCGAAUCGAAACAAUGCUCCAUCCACUACCUACACAUGCGCGAGCUCCACCUCGCAUGCAAACGAUCCCGCGCCUACAUCGAAUUCCAACGUUCUGCUUUCCACCGUCGUUCUAUUGAUCAUCGAUUCGAAUGGUAAUGCUCACCCUGCACGUGCAUUGUUGGAUAGCGGCUCUCAAUCCAACAUAAUGAACGAGAGACUGUGCCAAAUGUUGAAAUUGAAGCGGCGUGUCGUAAACAUCCCCGUCCAUGGUGUAGGUGAAUCAGCCUCUAAUGUGAAGCACAGCGUUCACUCUUCCAUUCGCUCCAGAAGGAAUGAUUUUCAAAUCGACCUCGAUUUUCUAGUCCUGCCUCGUGUCACAAUAGACCUGCCCGCUGAGACGUUUCCAGCCAGCAACUGGCAAAUUCCAAGCGAUUUGUUCCUAGCCGACCCCAGCUUCAACAAAACCGGGGCAAUUGAUUUGCUUCUGGGAGCGGAACAUUUCUACAAUUUCGUCAACACUGGGACACAAAUCGAACAGGAUCAAAAGCCUCUGCUAGUCGAGAGUGUCUUUGGAUGGAUUGUUGUCGGAAGAAACCAAUUUCCGUCCGCCCCACAGCCAACGGUAUGCCAUGUGUCCGUAUCCGAUCCCCUCCAUGACGCCGUCGAACAUUUCUGGAAAAGUAAGGGAGUUAGUAACACGCCCAACUACUCCGUCGUAGAGCAGCAAUGUGAAUCGCAUUUCGUCGAAAAUGUUACCCGCACCCCCGAAGAUCGGAACAUGAUUUGCCUUCCACGCCACUCCGAGAGACGAUUUCAACGAGAUCCCAAUAUGAAGCAGGAGUUCCAGAAUUCCCACUCUGACUAUGAAUCCCUGGGUCACCCAAGCAUUGUUCCUUCGAACGAACCCGAACCUCCGCAGACCUACAUUCCCCAUCCCCCGGUGGGGAAGGAAUCACAUACCACUACAAAGGUGGGACCAGAAGUGCAAGGCGAAAUGCUCACUCUCAUCCCCACGAAUCCACACGUACUCCCCACGCUUGCCGACGCUUCCGAGCAAGCACACAGAGCAUGCACCUACACAAGAUCCACCGAUUCCAAUGGUGGAAUUGACGACCAGCCAAUAGCGGCCAAAUCAAGUGUUGCGCCUCUCAAACUCCUUUCGAUUCCACGCUUUGAACUAUCGGCCGCUGUGCUUGCUACUCGACUACGCGCUGAAAUCCUCGAAGCACUCACCAUGUCCAUCGAUUCAUCCUACUUCUGGUCCGAAUCGUCAUUCACACUCGAAUGGUUACGCUCCCCUCCGCAUGUUUGGAAAAUCUUCAUCGCCAAUCGACUAUCGGAAAUUCAAACUACGAACCAAGGAUCGGAAUGGAACCAUGUUGCAGGAAUCCACAACCCGGCAGAUCUAAUUGCGAGAGGAAUGAAGGUGAAAGAGUUUCUGAGCAGUGAUCUGUGGCACUACGGUUCAUCCUGGCUGUGUCGUCGAAGAGAGCAGUGGCCAAGUUCACCAAAAACGGACAACCUUCCUGACGACAUUCUGGAGAGGCGAGUAACGGUGGCGGCCGUCCAAACCAGGUCAAACGUCAACGAAAUAUCCCUACGAAGAUCACCCUACUGGAGACUGCAACGAGUAACUGCCUUCUGCCUACGGUUCACCAACGCUUGCAGACGACGAAGGUCAUCCGAUCAACCAGAAGGAAGCACCGCUCUCACCGUGGAGGAACUAUCGAAAUCUCGCCUGAAGCUGGAAAAGUUAUCCCAAUGGAAUUCUUUAGCGGAGGAGUUUAAUGAUUUGGGUAGAAGGAAGCCAGUUUCGAAACGGUCUAAUUUGCGCUUGUUGAGUCCAUUCCUUGAUUCCGACGGAAUCAUUCGAGUUGGGGAAAGACUAAACCUCUUAGAGCAGCCAUACCACACCAAGCAUCCAAUCCUACUACCCAGUUCCCAUCCAUUCACACGUUCUGUUGCCCACUAUCACCUCAAACUGCUGCACGGUGGCGGCCGUGUAACAUUCGCAACAAUGCGGCAAGAAUAUUGGCCUAUCCAAGAUCGACGACUGCUAAACACCGUCCUGCGACAAUGUUUCCAAUGCACACGUGCAUCUCCAACACCGGCAACUACCAGAAGCUUCCAGGAGCAGGUCCAACGUUUCUGGUAUCUGUGGCGAACGGAGUAUUUCCACGAAUUGCAAAAGAAAGGCAGCAAAACAACAUCGAGUACUGCCUAUCAACCUGGAAGAAUGGUUAUUCUGGUGGACGAAUCUCUUCCACCAACAAGAUGGCCACUAGCAAGGACCACCGAAUCGCAUCCAGGACGAGACGAAAUCACAAGAACCGUUACAGUCAAAACCAGCGAAGGGAUCCAUCCAACGACCUAUCACCAGACUUUGUUGAUUGCCGUGCGAAGAUUUUGA